AUGCAGUACAAGGUCGCCGAGCGCAAGAUGAAGGCAUUCAUGUGUGCAGACGAGCAGCAGCAGCCCCACAGCCCUCCAGCCCGCCGCAGCGGCCAGCGCAGCCGCAGCAGCAGCAGACGCAGCAGCCGCAGCGAGGCGAGGCCGCCCAUCUCUGCUCUGGAGACGUGUGCUGAGAGGAUGGCUGGCGUCCAGGGGCGUGCGGUGGAUGCACAACUGGCUGUGGCUGAUGCCCUGGCAAGCUUGAAGCCCACUGAGCAACUGGUGGUGGCCCUCCGGCACGGCUGGGUGGACGGCACUGCAGAGCUGGUGAUGUUUAAAGACGUGGGCACCCGCAUGAAGCGCACACUCAACGGCGCCAGCAACCUGUACAAAAAGGCUGAGAGCGUGCUGCGGGCGCGGCUGGAGGCGCUGGGCCAUGCAGACCUGGAGCUGGGCCAGCUGCGCUUCAGCCAGCAGCAGCGGGAGGCGUGGCAGCGCCAGCUGGAGGGGCUGCCCUGCAAGCCCAGCAGGCGCGGCGCGGCCGGCGGCUCGCGCCCAGCCCGUUCGGCGACGGGCAAGGCCGGCGGCGCGCUGGAGGCGGCUGAACCGGCAGAGUUGGCGGCAGCCGGCGGCGGCAAGGCGGAGCAGGGGGUACCGCAGCAGCAGCAAGCCCCAGAGGCGGACCCCGAGCCUGCAGCCAGCUCCUCCACACGGCCGCCACCUGGGGAGGGCCGCCAGCAAGCCCCUGCUGCGGAAGCAGGCGGCCCUGGCCCCAGCACUGGCACCGAGGCUGGCAGCCCGAGCGGCCAGGCGGCCGCCGCGCCCGCGGCGGCGCCCUCCGUGCUUUCCAACGCGGCAGUGGCGGUGCCGCCGUCCUGGCAGCCCCGCGCAGAGGCCGCCGCCAGGCUGCUCUCCCAGUGGCAGCUCAUGGUGGUGCGGGCAGCAGAGCCCCGGGCGUUGGCAGUCCGGUAG